AUGCAUUUCUUCAUUGGGAACCUAGAUGAGGAAAUAUAUAUGAAGCUUCCCCAAGGUCUCACAGUUGCUUUAUCUUCUCAAUUUACUUUUCCUUUGGUUUGUAAGUUGCAAAAGUCCCUUUAUGGGUUAAAACAAGCCUAUAGGCAAUGGUAUGCUAAGUUGUCACAAGCACUUUGCACUAGAGGUUACACACAUUCUUUAAACGAUUACUCUCUUUUCACCAAAAGGUCCGACUCAUCUACUGUGUUUCUUGCUGUCUAUGUGGACGACAUUAUCCUUACUGGGGAUGAUCCUAAAGAGAUCAAUGCUCUCAAAAUGUUUUUAGAUGAUCAGUUUAAAAUUAAAGACUUAGGAUUACUUAACUAUUUUAUGGGAAUUGAGUUGUUAUUUGUUGAUUCUGGGGUACUUCUUCAUCAAAGAAAAUUUGUUUCGGAGUUAGUUACUGAAUAUGGAUGUUCUGAUGCUUCUCCUGUUUCUUCCCUACUUGAGUUAUGUGUUAAACUCAAGUCUGAUGUUGGGGUCUUGCUGCCCAACCCUGAGUCUUAUAGAAGUUUAGUUGGAAAUUUGAAUUUUCUCACUCAUACCAGGCCGGAUUUAUGUUUUGCUGUGCAACACUUGAGUCAGUUUCUUAAAUCACCUCGUCUGCCCCAUUUGACUGCUGCGUUACAUGUUCUAAGGUAUUUGAAAGGUACACCUGAUGUUGGGGUUCACCUCAAUGGUUCUUCUGAUUUUUCUGUACAAGCCUUUUGUGACAGUGAUUGGGCUUCUUGUUCUGAUUUGCGGAGAUCAGUUUCUGGCUAUUGUGUGUUUUUAGGGGGUAGUUUGAUUAGCUAG